AUGAGUUACUGGAGUCUGGAGAAGAGGAGCUGUCUGCAGUACUGCAGGCACUUCCUGGUGGACAAUGGAGCGUUCCACGUUGAAAGAUGCAUGGGUGUUAUGCAGUCUGGGACCCAGAUGGUUAAGCUGAAGAGUGGUACCAAAGGGCUCGUCCGACUCUUCUACCUGGAUGAGCACAGGACCUGCAUCCGAUGGAGGCCCUCCAGAAAGAGUGAAAAGGCCAAAAUUAUCAUCGAUUCCAUUUACAAAGUCACAGAAGGUCGGCAGUCUGAAAUCUUCCACCGCCAUGCCGAGGGCAACUUUGAGCCCAGCUGCUGCUUUACUAUUUACCAUGGCAACCACAUGGAAUCCCUGGAUCUGAUCACAUCCAACCCAGAGGAGGCUCGCACCUGGAUCACGGGGCUGAAGUACCUGAUGGCUGGAAUCAGCGAUGAGGACUCCCUCGCCAAGCGACAGAGAACACACGACCACUGGGUCAAGCAGACCUUUGAGGAGGCUGACAAGAAUGGAGAUGGGCUGCUGAACAUCGAGGAGAUCCACCAGCUGAUGCACAAACUCAACGUCAACCUGCCCCGCAGGAAGGUCCGACAGAUGUUUCAGGAAGCAGACACAGAUGAGAACCAAGGCACCCUGAAUUUUGAAGAAUUUUCAGUGUUUUACAAGAUGAUGUCCCUCCGGCGAGACCUCUACCUGCUGCUCCUAAGCUACAGUGACAAGAAGGAUCACCUCACUGUUGAAGAACUUGCUCAGUUUCUAAGGGUGGAACAAAAGAUGAACAACGUGACACCAGAAUACUGUCUUGACAUCAUACAGACGUUUGAAGUAUCAGAAGAAAACAAGAAGCAAAAUGUUCUUGGGAUUGAAGGGUUCACCAACUUCAUGCGCAGCCCUGCUUGCGACGUCUUUAACCCCCUGCACUGUGAGGUGCACCAGGAUAUGGACCAGCCCCUCUGUAACUACUUCAUUGCUUCAUCUCACAACACCUACCUGACAGGAGACCAGCUGCUGUCCCAGUCCAGAGUGGAGAUGUACGCCCGGGUGCUGCAGGACGGCUGCCGAUGCAUCGAAGUGGAUUGCUGGGAUGGUCCAGAUGGAGAGCCAGUGGUGCACCAUGGCUACACUCUUACUUCUAAGAUACUCUUCCGUGACGUGGCAGAGACCAUCAACAAAUAUGCCUUCAUCAAAAAUGAGUUUCCUGUGAUACUGUCUAUUGAAAACCAUUGCAGUAUCCAGCAGCAAAAGAAGAUUGCUCAGUACUUGAAGGAAAUAUUUGGUGACAAACUGGACUUGUCAUCUGUAGUCACUGGAGAUUCCAAGCAGCUUCCCAGCCCUCAAAAUUUGAAAGGGAAAAUCCUAGUGAAGGGUAAGAAGCUGCCAUACAGCCUGGGAGCAGAUGCUGAGGAGGGAGAAGUUUCAGAUGAGGACAGCGCUGAUGAGAUUGAAGAUGACUGCAAAUUAAAGCCCUGCUAUAGUAAUGGUGCAACUCAGCACCAGGUGGAAUCUUUCAUAAGAACAAAACUGGAAUCUCUGAUCAAAGAAUCCCAAAUCAGGGACAAAGAAGACCCUGACAGCUUCACUGUGAGAGCUCUGCUGAAGGCUACCCAUGAGGGGUUAAAUGUUAACCUGAAGCAGAACCUGGACUUGAAAGAAGGUGGCAAAAAGUCUCACAGUCGAUCCUUAAUGGGCAACUUUGGUAAGCACAAAAAAGCUGUGAAGGCAGCAGCCAAAUACCAGAGUGCAUCAGAUGAGGAAGAAAGCCAGCAAAACUCCUCUGGGAAGGAGGUGGGGCAGCUGCACAGGCUGACACGGAGAAGGAAAACAGUGAAGCUGUGCCGAGCUCUGUCUGACCUGGUGGUCUACACCAACUCUGUGGCAGCCCAGGAUAUAGUAGAUGAUGGAUCGACAGGGAAUGUGCUGUCAUUCAGUGAAAGCAGAGCCCACCAAGCAGUGCAGCAGAAGGCUGAGCAGUUCAUGCUCUACAACCAGAAGCAGCUCACAAGGGUCUAUCCAUCAGCCUACAGGAUUGACUCCAGCAAUUUCAAUCCUUUGCCUUACUGGAAUGUUGGUUGCCAGUUAGUGGCACUCAACUACCAGUCUGAAGGACGUGUGAUGCAAUUAAAUGAAGCAAAAUUUAGGGUAAAUGGCAACUGUGGUUACGUCCUCAAACCUCAGCAGAUGUGCAAAGGCACAUUCAACCCCUACUCUUCUGAUCCACUUCCUGCCAGUCCUAAAAAGCAGCUGAUUCUUAAGAUCAUCAGUGGACAGCAGCUACCAAAGCCUCCAGACUCAAUGUUAGGAGACAGGGGAGAGAUAAUCGAUCCCUUUGUUGAGGUGGAGAUUAUUGGGUUGCCUGUUGACUGCUGUAAAGAUCAGACCAGGGUGGUUGAUGACAAUGGGUUUAAUCCUGUUUGGGAGGAAACACUGACUUUCACCAUCCACAUGCCUGAGAUCGCUUUGGUGCGGUUCCUUGUCUGGGACCACGAUCCCAUCGGGAGAGACUUUGUGGGACAAAGGACUCUGGCCUUCAGCAGCCUGGUCCCUGGCUAUCGCCACGUGUAUUUAGAAGGGCUGACAGAAGCAUCCAUAUUUGUUCAUAUCACCAUUAAUGAGAUCUAUGGAAAGUGGAGCCCUUUAAUCCUCAAUCCCAGUUACACAAUCUUGCACUUUCUAGGAGCCACAAAGAACAAGCAGCUGAUAGGACUGAGAGGGCUGUUUAACAAGCCCCCUAAGGCCAGCUCUGCUGAGAGCAGCGGGCACUACAUCCGGAAGCGCUCUCUGGGCGAGAGGAUUCUCCGGCGCACGGCCAGCGCGCCGGCAAAGGGCAGGAAGAAAAGUAAGAUGGGCUUCCUGGAAGCUGCUGAGAUCAAAGACAGUGCAUCUGAGCCAGCAGACCUGAAAGACUUGAAGGAUGGAGUUGUCAGGAGGACAAGCCGGAGCUUGCAAGCACGCCCUGCUUCUAUGCCCGUCGAUAAAUAUCUCCUUGUGGAGCUGCCGUGCCCAGGAGAUGAACCUGCCCAAGCUGCCAAAGGAAAAGAAAAUGCAUCUGGUAAGGGCUCUGAUGUUGACAUUUCCACAGAAGCACCGUGUGACAAAAACUGUGCAGACCAUGAGCAGGAUGAUGGCACAGAAGGGCCUAAGGGGGAGCAAAUAACUCUUGCAAGGGCUUCCCACUCUAAAAAUGUAGAGGUGGAAAACCACAGAUGUGACAUGAUGAAGGUCAGCCCUGCAGAACCUCCUGCUUCAACAGAUGCUUCCCCUGCCAUUUACUCUGCUGUUGCUGCCUUGCACUCCACCUCAGCCGUGCAGGACAGCGACAUUUCUCGCCUGAUAGAUGAGGUGUCCUUAGCCACCGAGAGCCAGAUGGACAGUGCCGUCUCGGCCCUGAUCAGACAGCUGGAUGUCACUGAUGACCAAACCAACCUUACCAAGGUCUCAAGCCUCCAUGGCUCCAGCAGUCAGACCUUCAGCAUGCUGGCUACACAGCCACGUGUGCCUACUGCUGAUCUCCACAGUCCCUGCAAGCACAACUUUCUCACUGCUCAAUCCACCAAGUCCCCUUUGUUCUCCACUCCAGAUCCCACCGCACUCUCCAGCCCUGAGACUGCCGAGUAUUCCACGUACACAAUUAUCCAUGAGGCCACUCUGACACCAGCUUCUGAGUAUAAGACCCACAGUGAAGCAGCUUGCAAGAAAAAGUUAAGUAGCAUAGAAAAUAACCUGGCCAGUUCUCCUUGUCCUUCACCCCUCUCUUUGCUCAAUGCGAAUCCCAGAAGAAACCAUGGAACAAAGCCUGGAACGAGCUGGGAAGCCCCUGAGUCUGCCACUUCUUUUACUUCUAACAACCUCAUCUUUGAGGAGACUCUCGCUGACCCUCUCACUGGUGAGACUUCAGAGAGCAGCAGCCUUGUAGAGGUAGAUGGAGAUUCUCAAGAUGAUCUGGUCACUGCCUGUGAGUACAAAAGGGAAGACAUGAGCCAGUUGGCUUCCCCUUUGAAACUGAGGCAAAGGCAGCAUGCUGGACAUGGUGGUGGCAGGUCCUCUGGGAACAGCACAGCUGUUGAGCUCUGUUCUGCUGCCCUGGGCUGCUCAGAUCACUUCAGGACUGCAGGCCCUCAGCUCCCUUUCCCCAUAUGUGCAAAUCUUGGAUUCUUGUAUCACCACCAUGCAGAGAAGCAGACAAAGGUAACCUGUGCCGCUGAGAGCCCCCAGCUCAGCACACGCUCCCCACUGCUCCACAGUGCUUUGGCUUUCCCACCUCACUCAGCCAUCAAGCAGACCAGUCCUUGCAAAUCCAAGAGUCUUGGGGACUUGACAUCCGAGGACAUUUCCUGCAACUUUGAAAGUAAGUAUCAGUACAUAAGCAGGAGCUUUGUCUCCUCGGGCAUGAGGGACAAGAAGCUUGCUGCUAUGAAAAACUUGAGGCCGCACUCCACAGACGCUCUGACAGAGCAGCUGAGGAAGCUGGUGUCCCUCGACCAGGAGGACAUCCAGCAAACCCUCUGCUCCAGGCAGGUUGAUGAAGACUGCCCAAAAGCACUGGUCAGAAAACUCUCCUCCAGGAGCCAGAGCAGAGUGCGGAACAUCGCCAGCCGUGCCAAGGAGAGGCAGGAGGCUGCCAGCAAGCAAAAACCUUCCCACUCGAGUAGCCUCACAGGGGUUGUCCUUCGCAACAAGCCCUCAGCAUCUCCUCACAUUAUCAACAGGCACUCCACAGGCUCCUACAUAGCCAGGUACCUGAAUGGCUUCCCUGGGGAGGACCUGGAGGGCCGUGGAAUGCCGGAGGGCUCCUGCGCCACCUUCCACUCCGGCUAUGACGACCGCUUGUACUCCCAUCACCCUGUCCUGCAGCUGGAGCAUAGCACUGAGGACCAGCCUGAAAUCUAUUUCCUGCUGAGACUGUAG